GCACAGGUGAUCACGGGAGACCUGAAGUGUGACUGUCCUGUACCCUGCAGAAUGACGUCAUACAGCACGUCCCUGUCCUUCGCGGGAUUUCCCAACAAACACACAAGGGAAUACCUCUCCCCGCUGCUGGGGAUGGAGCCAAGCUACAUGGGGGACAACGGGGUCGUCUUCAGCGUGUUCUACGAGAAAUUGAACUAUCAAAAAAUCAGGCAGCUGAAAGCCAUGGAAGAAGGACAGCUGGCAAGUAACAUAGGCGGGAUGAUGGGGCUGUUCCUGGGCGCCAGCGUGCUGUCCCUGCUGGAGGUGUGUGAGUACCUGCUGAAGCGGCCCCUGGGCUUCCUGGGGAGAACUCGGCACGCCAAGGUGGUCCAUGUUCAACCGCAGGAACCAAAGUCAGCCACAGCCUUACACAAGUGAAGGUCUACGUAUCCAAAUCCUCUGUCGUGAUAAGAAAAAGCAUUAAACUGAUAUGUAUGACUAAAGAUGACAUCCGUCAUCUUCCUUCAGCUGAGUUAUAACGUUAGACCUUAAGAAAG